AGAACCCAUGGGCUGCAACUGCAAUGGUGUGGAUUUGUAGCCCAUUAAACUUGUGCGGUGCCAGCAUCCUAAAACCCUAAAGCCCCCCGCCUUUCGGCGCCGUUCCCCCACCCCCGCCGCCGACGAACUCCCCCCUAGCCAUGGCGUCGCGCGGUGCCGCUUCCCGCUCCUUCCUCGCCGCCGUCCGUGGCCGCGCCGCCUCGUCGGCGCCGCGCAUCCGCGCGGCUCCGCUCCCCUCCGCCCCACGCCGCCGCGUCCCCUCCUCCGCCUUCUCGCCAUUUGCCGCCGCGAGGCCGAUGUCGGCGAUGAUGGGGUCGCCGGCGGCGAUGGCGGUGAGGCUGACCGGGCACCCGUCGGCGAGCGUGCGGGCGUGCUGUGAGCUCUCCCAGGGGGAAAAUGGGAAAGAUGGUUGAUGCUGAGGACAUAAAGAAUGAUUUGGGAUACCCUAUUCCCUAAUAUGCUGUAAUUAGGCUUGAACAGUGCUGUCCCGACUCUGUUAGGAUGCAAUUCUUUUUAGGGUUACAGAAGCUCUCUGGCUCGUUUUUCCCCCUGCCUAAUGGGAGGUUGUAAGGAACUCCCUAUUAUUACUUCACCUGUCACCUAGUGAAAAUAACAGUCAACAUGAUUUUUACAUUAAUAAUCCCCUGUUAACCAGUUACCCGUUAUGUUCAUUUGGUCGUGAAAUAUUGGAUGAAGCAUCAUUCCUUUUCAUGGGAAUGAAUGUUCUUGUUUUGCAAAGUUUAAUAUGUUCAGAUUUCUGUA